AUGGUUUAUAAAAGAAAGAGAAAUGUAAAGAUAGACAACAGCAAGUCAUAUGUGAUAUACAAGCCAGGAAGCACAGACAGUCUUUUUCUCGAGGAGUAUAUACCAUUGGCACUUGAUACAGGAAUGGAGGCUGAUGAAGAGAAAGAGGUGCACUUGAAGAGCAUCAUUGAGGAGGGUAAGGGCGACAUUCCGAUUCCUGUGAUAGUGGAUGUUGAUAAUCCUGCAAGAAAGGAGUAUGGAAAGUAUAUUGUACCAAAGAAGUAUGUUGAGUGGUUUGGAGAUGCAUCUAAUGAAUAUUUUGUUAACGACAAUGAUGAGAAAUGUUGCAGAGAAAUGGGGAUAAGCAAGGAGAGGCUUCAGGAGCUUCUCUUAACGAUAGCAAGAGAUCAGUGUGUGUCUAAUGAGAACAGGGAAUUUGUAGAGAUUGCAUCAUCAAGGAUUCUUGUCAGGAGUGAUAAGCUCGACUCGCCUGCUUACAUAUGUUUCAGAAGAAGGAUAGUUAAGCCGAAUAGAAGAAGCAGAAAAUGUGAGGAGCAGUCUAAGGAAAAGGUUGAAAGGAUGUGGGCUGAGCUUUAUUUGCUUGAGAAGCUGUGCAAGCUGUAUUACAACAAGAAUAUGCUUGAGAGGGAGUUUGAGGAAGUGGAGGAAGAGUUAGUUAAGGCAGCAUACACACUUAUGAAAGACAGUACGAAGAGUAUAAAGAAAAAAAUAGCAAGGAAAAUUCGUGGGGAUGCAAUUAAGCCAUCUGAAGGCACAAAUAGUGGCAGAGAGGGUCUACUGUUUGACAGACUGAGAAUCAAAGCACUAAAACAGCGGAUUACUGAGGCUAGGGACAAGGCAUGUACUGAAGACAAUGAAGCAGAGGUUAAGGCCCUAAGAAGAUACAACUUAAUGCACAGCAAAUGA